ACUAGCCGGGCUGUCACUUCUUUAGUGCUGCAGUCUGAAAGACACUGUGGCGACGUCAGACUACUGAAAACACUGCUCUGUUUUCUCCCUAAAACAGCGGAUUCCACUCUUAUAUGUUGAAAAGCAGCAUAUUUGUCGAAAAUCCUCCCUACAAGUCUGUUCCACCUUUCCGGGGAAAACCGUGACUCCAUACAAAAGGACAUAAGUUGUGGGAUAUUGCAUGAGAGGCCAGACGCUUCCAGGAGGAACCGUGGAGCCACACGGGGGGAAGGAGCGAGUCACAUGGGAGUGUGUGACGGUACCUGCAUAAGGCUGCGUGUUCAGGCCUACCGCCAUUUCCUCGAACCGGCAUGGCAGGGAGCAGAGAGCGCGGUGGCCGAACCCAGAGGCCGUGGUCGGUGUACCGGGCCAACACAUUUCAGCUGUCCAGCGAGAUGAUUGGCUUGGCGCUCGCAGGAAAUAGUCAAGACCCCGAUGAACCUGUGCUCGAGUUCAGCAUCGCCUGCACAGAUCUUCUGACUCCUGCUUUGGAUCGGAAGCCCAACAGUUUUGUCGCCGUGAGCUGCACAACGCCGCCACAGGCGUUCUGGACCAAACACGCCCAGACGGAAGUCAUGGAGGGAACCAGCAACCCCAUCUUCCUUAGCAGCGUCGCCUUCUUCCAGGAUUCAAACAUCAACCAGCAGACGCAGGUUAAACUGGCCGUGUACGACGUCAAGGAUCGCUCCCACGGCACUAUGUACAUGUUGGGAUCGGCGCUUUUCCCUGUGAAGGAGUUGUUGCAGGACAAAGACCACAGAUUAGAACUGGAGCUCAGGUCAGCGGAGAACAAGCGGGUGGGGAACGUCUCUGUGGCCGCUUGGCAGCUGGACGAGAAAGCACAGCAGAGAAUUUCAGUCGGGCGCCUUCCGGACAGCAACAAUGGCCGCCGGACGAUGCUUGCUGUUGACGAGAGCCUGUCGGAAGCGAUGGGAGUCCGAAUAAAGUACGCCUCGUUGUGCAGAGACACACUGCUGCGUUCAGUUUUUGGAGGCACAAUGUCCAGGAUGUACCGCUUCCCCACAACCAAUGCCAACCACCUACGGGUGCUUGAACAGAUGGCCGAGAGCGUCUUGUCCCUGAACAUCCCGAGACAGUUUGUCAAACUGCUGCUGGAGGAGGACACGGCUCGGGUGGGUGAGCUGGAGGAACUGGGGGAGCUGUCCCCUUGCUGGGAGACCCUGCGGCGACAGAUCGUCGCUCACUACCAGGCCGUCCUCGUCUCGUACCAGGAAACGCUGUCUGACCUCAGUGGCUACAAAGGUCCGUCAUUCAAAGCCAGCAGUCGGAAGGCGGACAGGAAGAUGGAGUUCAUGCCGACCAACCUGCACAUUCAGCGAAUGAGAGUCCAGGAUGAGUUUGCUUUGGAGCACACGUACGAUGUCGUCACUAUCGGUGCGCCGGCCGCACACUGCCAGGGAUUUAAAAAUGGCGGCUUGAGAAAACUCACUCAGAAAUUUGAGGAAGCAAAAAAACACGCUUAUGAGGAGGUGCGCAGCACCCUCUCCAGCUCGCAGUCUAUCGUCUUCAUACCUCAGGAUGUGGUCCGAGCCAAAGAGAUCAUCUCCCACAUCAACACACUGAAGACGCAGGUCAAUUAUUAUGCGGAGAGACUUUCCAGAGCCGCAAAGGACCGCUCUGCCAGCGGGAUUGAAAGGACACUUGCCACACUGGCUGAUAAGACUCGACAGCUGGUGACGGUGUGUGACUGCGAGCUGCUGGCGUCUGCCAUUCAGGCCCUGAACGCGGCACGGCCCGAGUACAUCGCUUCCAAAUCGUCUCCCUCCGCUGAUUCGGAGCAAGUUGUUCUCCGCAAUGACCAGGACACGCUUCUCGCAAAAUGGAGUGGCAACAAUAGUCGAUCAUCACUGCUUGUGGACUGGCAUGAGAAGGAGUGGGAGAAAGUAUGGCUGAACGUGGACAAAUCUCUGGAGUGCAUCAUCCAGCGUGUGGACAAGCUGCUGCAGAAGGAGAAGAAUCUCGGCGAUGGCGGCCAAGACCGAGUCCACGCGGACCCACAUGGCGGCGGCCAUAAGAAGGGUGAUGGAAAACGCAGAGCUUUUUGGAUCAACCCGGGAAGUUCAUUGCGGGAAUUUCCACCAUUAUCAUCAUCAUCAUCAGCAUCACCUCCCCCAUCAUCAUCCUCUUUGCCUGCUCUCUCAUCUGCAUGCCUUCCGAGCUCUAAACAAGACAACUCGCCCGCUAGUCACGCAUGCUGCUCCUCAUCCCUUCUUCUGGACGGGAGCCCUAAUGUCGAGGAGGCAUACCCAGGCGAGUGGAGCGAGGCGUUGUACCCUCUCCUCACCACGCUCACCGACUGCGUCGCCAUGAUGAGCGACCAAGCCAAAAAGUCCAUGGUCUUUCUUCUCAUGCAGGACAGCGCUCCCACUAUCGCGAUGGACGUUUCUCUGCAGUACCGCCGUGAUGUCGUCUUCUGCCAGGCGCUCACUGCUCUCAUCUGCGGAUUCAUUAUCAAACUGAGGAACUGUCUCCGUGACGACGGAUUCCUUCGACAGUUGUACACUAUUGGCCUACUGGCUCAGUUUGAGUCCCUCCUCAGCACCUACGGAGAGGAGGUGGCCAUGUUGGAGGACAUGAGCGUUGGGGUCAUGGACCUGCGUAAUGUCACCUUUAAGGUCACACAGGCUCUGGGCGGCUCUGCCGUCGACAUGUUGCCGAUCAUCACCGGCAACCGCGACGGCUUCAACGUCCGCAUCCCUUUGCCGGGAACCAUGUUUGAUGCGUUGCCGCGGGAGAUCCAGAGCGGAAUGCUACUCAGGGUCCAGCCGGUGCAUUUCAACGUCGGUAUCAACGAGCAGCAGACGCUGGCAGAGAAGUUUGGAGACACGUCCCUUCAGGAGACCAUCAACAUGGAGAGUUUGACCAGGCUUAAUUCCUACUAUGAACAGUUUAAGGAAGUGCUACCUGAAGACUGCCUCCCGAGGUCUCGGUCUCAGACUUGCCUUCCGGAGCUGCUCCGGUUUUUGGGGAAGAACGUGGAGUCGAGGAAAAACAAGAAUGUGGACAUCCUGUGGCAAGCAGCCGAGAUCUGUCGCCGACUUAAUGGGGUUCGUUUCACCAGCUGCAAAAGCGCCAAGGACCGCACGGCCAUGUCGGUGACACUGGAGCAGUGCCUGAUCCUGCAGCACGAGCACGGAAUGGCGCCUCAGGUCUUCACGCAGGCCCUGGACUGUAUGCGAAGCAUUGGGACGAGGGAGGGGGUGAUCCAGAAGAACCUGAGUGGUUUACUGCCGGUUCGGGACUUCCGCAUGGACCCCAGCCUCCUGUACUCUCUGCCCCUGCUGGCCCUCAGCCCCAACCUUCUGGUGGUGUGGAUCUUCCUCAGCGUGGCUUUUAUUCUGGCGAGACUCCGUUGCAGCUGAGCGGCUGCGAACGACCCAAUCGUGUUUUUUUUUAAAUUUACGUUUAAUACCCCCCCCACAAGGAGGGAGCGGAUCAUGCAAUUCUGGACACGUGUCGCUGUCUUGCGUUAGCUAUGCUGCAUGUUCAAGUGAUGCCUUGUGCACAGGAACAUUUUCUGUUUCCUGCCGGGUCAGCUGACCCUCUUAUUAGUAUCAGUAUCAAUAAUACAGGUGGUCCUUGGGUUAUAAAGAAGUUCUAUAUAUUUCAAGGAAAUAUAAUAAUAAUAAUAAUAAUAAUAAUAAUAGUAAUUUAAAAAAAAUUGCAAGUUUAUUUUAUUUAUUUUAUUUAUUUUAUUUAUUUUAUUUAUUUUAUUUAUUUUAUUUAUUUUAUUUAUUUUAUUUAUUUUAUUUUCAUUCAUUCAUUCAUUUUCUACCGCUUUUCCUCACGAGGGUCGCGGGGGUGCUGGAGCCUAUCCCAGCUGUCUACGAGCGAGAGGCAGGGAUUUAUUUUAUUUAUUUUAUUUUGUUUGGUUUUAUUUUAAUUUUAUUUAAUUUUGUUUUUAAUUAAUUUAAUUUUUUAUUUUUAUUUUUAUUUUUAUUUUUAUUUUUAUUUUUAUUUUUAUUUUUAUUUUUAUUUUUAUUUUUAUUUUUAUUUUUAUUUUUAUUUUUAUUUUUAUUUUUAUUUUUAUUUUUAUUUUUAUUUUUAUUUUUAUUUUUAUUUUUAUUUUUAUUUUUAUUUUUAUUUUUAUUUAUUUCUUUUUUAUUUUUUAUUUCUUUUUUAUAAAAUAAUGGCAGAUUUUUUCUUGAAUAUGUCCACUCUAUACUACUAAAAAUAUAUUGUUUUUUUCUAAUAAUAUUACCAGUUAAUUCUCUAAAAAUUAUUAUUAUUAGAAUGUGACUUUUUUGUAUUAAUAUUUAGGAUUUAUUUUUGCACAAUUACAGCUGUUUUUUAUUUCUGUUGUUUAUUUUAUUUUUCAGCUAUUUAAUUUUUCUUCUAGUAAAUGUUUUUGUUGUAAAUAUUUUGAUGUAUUUUGACUUCAUUCUCGUAAAAAUAACUUUUUUCCGUUUUUCCAACAAUGUUGUUUUAUUUGUUUUUAUAAUAUUAAACAUUUUUAAAUAGAAUUUCUUUAAUAUUCCAUAUUUAAAAUAUUUAAAACACCCACCUUGUUUAUCCAUACUUGUAGCAUGUAGCAUGUUUUAAAUUGACGUUUUUAAUGAAUUUACAGGAGUUGGUAACCACGAAACGUAACCCAAAGACCACCUUUAUAGUAUCUGGUUAUUAAAGGGGCCCCACCUUACAUAUGCAACUUUUCAUAUUUAUGUUGCAUGGGAACGAUAACUUCAUCACAUCUUUUCAUCGUUUUAGGAAGUCCAUGUUAUUGCAAUUAGCAGUUUGUUGGUUAGUUUUGUUUUUUUUGCAUGUCUUUCUAUGGACUCCCCAAGGAAGGAGUCAUUUUUCGGGGGAGCUAAAGACCUACCUCAAGGAUAUUGUUGUGACCAAUCACAACAGAGUAGGCGUGAUCAGGCAAGGAGGUUGCGGAAUCUGAGCGUUUUGGUCAAUAGAAGAAGAAGAAUGCAGAUUUAGCCUCCACAACCCAUUCAUUCAUUCAAUGCUGGAGCCUACCCCAGCUGUCUUUGGGCGAGAGGCAAUACUACGGCAAAUACUGAAAAGCACUUUGAUACUUUGAUUUGAAGUGACCUUAAUGGGCCGUGGUGGGUUCAGAGUGGGGUCCUGUUGUUGGAUAGCGUUAGCUAAACCGCCGCUAACUCGCAGUGAACCUCAUGUUUAGGUAUCGAAAUCACGACUGUAGCUUAGCACAAAGUUGUUACUAGCUUUUUACAUUUCUUCUUGUCUUCCAGUAGCGCAACUUUCAUGCAAGGGGGGGGGGUUUGUUUUGAUGACCUGUUUCAGUUCUUGUUGUUGUAGACCAGGGGUUCUCAAGUGGUCUCAACCUGGGACCCACAUGGUCAUGGGGACCCAAUUUUUAUUCAUUCAUUCAUUUUGGUCGUGUGGGUGCUGGAGCCUAUCUGUUUUAUGAAAUAGCUUGUUACAGGUUCGGAGAGAUCGCAGCAGAGAAAUGAUCACAAACAACGACUGUAUGUAUAUUAAUGAUAUUUAAUGAUAAAACACACAGCAGUUCACAACAUUUCCCAUCAUGAGUUAUUAUGCUAGACACAAGCUGUCACCCCCAUGCCCCCACAUAACACUCCAAACAACACAGUUCAGAUCCAGAAUAGCAUACCUUACCGUUGACAGAGGGCGGAGAGCCAAAACACCCCGGUAGAGUAAUCUGGAAACCGAAAGCUGGACACUCGUGCACAGUUCACAGCAGACUCUAACCGGGAUUGAGAAAACAAAUGCUUUAUAGACUCGCCCGUGCGAAAACAGGUGGCCAGCCUGUCUCCGCAGGAGAGGAGUCGUCACCUCCGUCCUCUGCCUCAGGCACCUCAAUGUCUCACAACAUUCUAGUUCGUUUCUCACAACAUUCUAGUUCGUUUCUCACAACAUUCUAGUUCGUUAUCAGGAUAUGGGAAUAAUAUUUAUCCCGUUGCCGGAACAAGUUAAAAACAGGUUAUAUUAGUGUGAAAAGUCAAAAAGUGUGCGAAGCAAGUUAUAUAGAAGCGGGCAAAAACAAGUAUAUGAGUGUAAAAAACAAGUACAAAACAUGCAUUGCAUAGCCAUGUGGGUCAGCUCAGGACAACACAAAUAACAAUCUCUUCCUUCAUUCCACCCUGUGGCCUGAGCUGAAACCACCACUUAAUUGAUAAACCGUUCAGGUAAAUCAUCCUCAUUUUACAAAACGUGUGUUGCGUAACCAUGUGGGUCAGCUCAGGACAACACAAAUAACAAUCUCUUCCUUCACUAUCCCAGUACACCUUGGACUGGUGGCCAGCCAAUCACAGGGCACAUAUAGACAAACAACCAUUCACACUCACAUUCAUACCUAUGGACAAUUUGGAGUCGCUAAUUAACCUAGCAUGUUUUUGGAAUGUGGGAGGAAACCGGAGUACCCGGAGAAAACCCACGCAUGCACGGGGAGAACAUGCAAACUCCACACAGAGAUGACCGAAGGUGGAAUUGAACCCGGGUCUCCUAGCUGUGAGGCCUGCGCAUAACCACUCCACCACCAUGCAACCAUAUUUUUAUCAUUACAGUAUAAAAAACCUGUUUACGACCUUGUAUCAGAGCCCUCUAGCCAUAAAAUAACACCCCUAUAGUCGCUGUUACUCUCCUACCAGCUAAUAUAGUAGACAUUAGCCAGCCAAUCACAGGGCACAUAUAGACAAACAACCAUUCACACUCACAUUCAUACCUAUGGACAAUUUGGAGUCGCUAAUUAACCUAGCAUGUUUUUUUUUUGGAAUGUGGGAGGAAACCGGAGUACCCGGAGAAAACCCUCGCAUGUCCGAGGGUGGAAUCGAACUCCACUCUUAAGUCAUUGUUAUUCUUUUUGAGAAUUAUUUAUAUAUAUUUUUAUUAUUUUUAUUUUUUAUUUAUAUAUAUCAUUAUUAGAGUCCUUUAGAUGUGAAAUAACACCCCUAUAGUCAACUUUACGCUUCUAUUACCCAAUAUGGUACACAUAAUAAGAGAAAAUAUGACAUAGUUUUUAUUAUUUACCGUUUUAUUAUUAUUAUUAUAUUUAUUUAUUUAUUACUGAUUGAUUGAUUUUCUUUAUUCUUGAUUUAUUUAUUUUUCAUCUUAUUUUGUGUAGAAAAAUAAAAAGUAAGAUAUUUGAGAACAAUAGAGAAAAUUGGAAGUUUUUUUUACAUUUUUUUGUUUUUAAUAAAUUACUUUUUUUUUUUUUUUUUUGGAAAACCUGAUGCGGCCCAGUCUCACCCAGACCCGAGCUCCAGUGGCCCCCCAAGUAAAUUGAGUUUGAGACCCCUGCUCUAGAAAAACUCCAGUCACUUAAGUGUUUAAAUGAAAGCAAUGAAAAUAUUAUUAUUAUAAUGGCAAACCGCAGACAUACGUAUGAAGUCAUAUUCAGUAUAUGGAUUACAGCACUGAUGAUCCAACUGAUAUCAAUAACUAAAACAAGCUGAUAUCGUUUUAAUGUUUAAUUUGAAGCUGCUGUCAUACAUGAACUGUGCUUCAAUGCUUUUUAUUUGAACAUGCAGAAUAUGCAUAUAGAAGAUAUUGAGCUGAAUUAUGAUGUUUGUGCAAUAAAGAUGUAUGCACUGCUAUGUAGGAGGAAUGGCUCUUGUGUAAAAAAAAAAAAAAAAGGGUCACGUAUCCGUGGUGACCGAUUUUUUUA